GAUGACGAGAGCUUACGGAGGUGGAAAGAGAGCCUACUAGGCGAACUAUCGAUCGACGACAAAGGCAAGCGAGGAGGCUCGGCAGUCGAGUUUUCGGCUGUGCGGCUGCUCGUGGAGGAGCGGGACGCCAUCGCGCUUCCGCUGCCUAAGGACGGCGAGGCCGUGGCGUCGCCAGCGAGCUUCGAGCUGAAGGAGCGAUGCAAGUACCGGCUGCAGUUCGAAUUCACAGUCGCGAACGACGUGGUGCUGGGCCUCACGUACGUCAACACCGUGUAUAAGGACGGCGAUCAAGGCGUCGCUCUGCCGCGUAGAUGUGCGUCUCCAGCACCCCGCGCGCUGUCGCUCCUUUCUUCCACCAGUACAGUCGCGCCGCACUUUCCCCGAAGUACCCGGCCCAUUUUGACGCGAGCAGACCCGAAAGGCGACGCGAGGGAGCUAUGGCGCCGCGAGAUUGAAGCUGAUUCGGCAGCAGCAACGGAUUUUGACGCGGUAGACGCCGAUACAGUGAGGGAGGAGGCGCAACGAUUGACACGUAAGCAGGUCAUGGAGCGGCUCGACAAGGCGAGCUAUCAGGAGCUUCGCGCGCUGCAGGAGAGCGGUUACGACUCCGAUGGCGGUAGCACGCGGCCCGGCGGUGGUGGGAAAAACGCGGAGAGCGGAGGGGUAGCGUGGAAGGAGGUGGUGGAUAAGAUUCUGGUGGCGGACUUCUUUUUAAUCACAAUCGCUCUUGUCUGGUUCCUAACGGGCGUGCUGCAGCGGUCUAUCUCGCAUGACGACGGGCUGCUGCUGGCGUGGUUGAAGCUGUGGGACCCCUUGUUCCAACCGGCCAUUGGCGUGUUCAUGGGCUCUGCCGUGUUACAGGCCGUGCUUAAGAAAAGAAACUAA